AUGGCCUCAGGUUCACAGACACAGGCCGAUGGUGACAAAUGCUUUACAGAGCUCACUGCGUGCUGGGAUUCCGCGGAGGAAUUCUCACGUUUGAUGGAAGUGGAGCAAAGGGACAGCCAAAAGGGAGCCAAUGGCCUCAUCAAACCCAGCCCAUCCCUUGUUGAAUAUCGGCGUUCUCGCUAUCAGAGAGCAGCUUCUGCGUACAAGCUGGUAGUACUCAAUUUGAAGAAGUAUAAGAAGGACAACAGCCUGUCGGAAGCUAUAAUAUACAGGAAAUCCGCCGAUCAUAAGAGGCGUGAUCCCGGUUUGGGGGAGCUGCUGGAUCGCGUUGGCCUGUUGGAGGGGGAUUUGUAG